AUGCUGACUCGCUGCGAGAGUCUUGAUUCCCUUCACCCAUCCGCAUUCACUGCACACAUCACUCGUCCGUUGGCUGGCACUCAUCCUGUCGGUGACCGAGUCGAUAAAGGACGCAAUCAAGCCUGCAGAGGGUGGCCAACCAGCCGAGCGAGGGGGAUACAUCAUCGAAGAGUCGUAAGAGGCGCUAGAAUACCAGCACCGAUCGCACGUCGAAAAGCCGUAGGACAAGCCUCGGCGUCAACAGAUGGCGAGACAAGUGGCACGGCCGGGAACACAAACAUUCAUCUCGAUCCGCCAUUCCCCCCGGGCACACUGGCGCAAAACAUGCGGAUCGGGGUCGUGGUGGUGGGCACAACUUCAGACGAGAUCGACGAGCUGGAGAAGGAGAAGGACUUCAAGGAGGAGCAGUUCGACCAGGUCCUCCGCUCCAUCUGUCUCCGCUUCGGGGCGCGCUCUUCUUCACCAACCAGAAAAACCCCGAGAGCUUGCUCUGACUCAGGUCCUACGCCCUCCAUCGUCUCUUUGACCAACUGGUCUCCUCCUCGACAGCUCCCGGAUAGUUGGGGAAAGAUCAAGAUCUUGAGGGACCCCUCCAUCGUCGGUAACGGCUGGCUCUUCGACCUCGAGAAGCCCCUGAGAACUCGCCCAGAUAGAGUCGGCGAUGAUCGUCAGGAGGGCGGCUCAUCGAUCGAUGACGACCAGGUCGGUUACGAUAGUGAAGGCCGUAAGAUCUUGAUCAACUCGCAUGAUCGAGUGAUUACGACCCAAGAACAACAAUUCCUGAGGACAAAAUACGACGCGAUUAAGGAAGAGCGGGACGUGGAUCCUCGCUCGCAUUUCCAGCUCAAUCACAAAGGGCACGCGGCCCAACAGGCCGUCAAAUUCACCAACGGAACCAUCCUUUCAGAUAAGAGUCUUAUCAACAGCGCCGGUCCCGGAGUUGCUGGCCUUGGUACUGCUGGUGUCGAAGAGGAAAUCACUGCUCAACUUAAACUGUUGUCUCUCAGGGAUCAGCAAGGAAAUCCGAAUGGCAGGAGCUCGAAUGCCGGUUUAUCGCCCGUCGAGACCAUCCACAUGCACCAGCAACAGCAGCAACAGCAAGGAAAGGGGUCAGACGGGACGGGCGGGACGCAGUCGGCCGGCGAGCCCGGCUCGCCCCUAGCUGCCUCCCGCUCAUCCUCCCAACUUGCCCACCAACGCCACAUCCUCAUCGGCCCUGCCUCUUCGACUCCCGUCGGCACGCCCGGCGGAAGACAAGGCGGGAAACGCCAUGCUCGCAAACUGCGUCGGCAAACUCCUUGA